GGGACCCCCUCCUAUCUCCCCCGCUGGCGUCGCGCUAAGUCGAGGAAACCUGGGGUGACACGAGGGAGAUGCAGCUAGCUGUCCUGCAUUUGCUUGGCUGAUAGGGGUAUAAAGAGGUCCAAGUCGCCGCGAGAUUGUCCAACCUUGUAGCUCCCCAAUAGUUUCGCAAAUCAAGCCUUCCAACAUGGUGAACGACAUCGAAAAGGUCUCCGCUGAGCGAGUGUCUGCGGAGAAUAUUGAAAAUGUCGAGAGUCCCCCCCCAACCAAACGCGUGGUUGUUGACAUCGACGAUGAUGAGGAGUACAGCUAUGAAGAGCAGCGGAGGAUCAUCCAUCAUGUUGACCGUCGGCUGAUCAUAAUCGUCGGUGCCGCGUACUGCAUCAGUCUGAUGGACCGGACAAACGUGUCGGUGGCGGCAAUUACUGGAAUGAUGGAGGACCUUGAGCUGGCGGUCGGCUUUCGAUAUUCUAUCAUGGUGCUCGUCUUCUUCGUGACGUACAUCGUGUUCCAGCCCUUGGCAACCGCCAUUAUUCGAAAGAUAGGGCCUCGGACAUUCAUCUCCACAAUAGUGAUGACCUGGGGCGCAUGUCUAAUUGGGUUUGCAUACUCCCCGAACUGGCAGACGCUGGCAGGGCUGCGAGCGCUUCUGGGUAUCCUGGAGGCUGGUUUCUUUCCCGGCUCGGUGUAUCUUCUGUCGUGCUGGUAUUCGCGAUACGAGGUCCAAAAGCGCUACUCACUGUUUUACCUGAUCGGUUGCGUUGCAUCUGCUCUAUCUGGUAUUCUCGCCUUUGGCUUCAGCGAGAUGGCACCACUUCAAGGCCUGAACGGCUGGCAAUGGAUUUUCAUUAUGCAAGGGGUAUUGACAUUCAUUAUUGGGAUCCUGUGCAUGAUAUUCGUUGUAGACUUCCCUGAUAGAGCCUAUAAGGCAUGGGGCUUCCUGAGCGAGAAGGAAUGUGCCUUCGUCCUCCGCCGACUGAACAGAGACCGCGCAGAUGCCAACCCAGAGCCGUUCAGCUUGGGCAAGUUCCUCCGCCCAGCACUGGAUCUAAAGAUCUGGGCGUUUGCGUUUAUUUUCUUCGCCCUGACGACUCUCUCCUAUGGCAUCGCCUACUUCCUACCCAUCAUUCUUCGUGAUAACAUGGGCUUCAGUGUCGCAGCAUCCCAGUGCCUGAUAGCACCCCCAUUUGUCCUCGCCGGGAUUCUCAUGAUUACAACCUCAUGGGUCGGCGACAAGUACCGCAUGCGCGCGCCCAUCCUCGUCUUCAACAGCGUCGUCACGCUCAUCGGCCUCCCCAUUAUGGGUUUUGCCGAGAGCUCCGCAGUCCGUUUCUUCGGCGUAUUCCUGACAACGGCUGGCGUGAAUGCCAAUAUCCCCGCCUGCAUGGCUUACCAGGCAAAUAAUAUUCGGGGGCAGUGGACUCGUGCGUUUGCCAGUGCCACGCUCGUUGCGUUUGGUGGGAUUGGUGGGAUUGCGGGGAGUCUUGUGUUUCGGUCGCAGGAUGCGCCGGAUUAUAUCCCUGGCAUUUGGGCUGUUAUAACAUGUCAGCUGUGUCUUCUCGUGGUGGUGGCGGCGCUGAGUCUUCAUUUCUGGAUAAGUAACCGCAAGGCGGAUCGAGGGGAGAAGAUCCUCGAGGGAUCCCCUGAUUUCCGGUAUACAAUUUGAGAAAACUACUGGUGGUAGCGAUAGCUCAUGGAAUAUGAUGUGUUAAUUGUGUAAUUUAAGGACCUGCGAUAAGCUUUCUGAGGAUAGUCGCCGUACACUGUAUCAUCACCGGUAUUGAGCCAUCCAUCAUUCAGCAGUGUUACAGCCACAACUAAAUUCUGUUUUCAUUCCUGCUGUUCAAUCCCAAUCCAAAUCGUCGGUGGCCGUACUGUCAAUUGUCGCACAAGAAGUUGAUACGGAAGUGCGACAUUCCGGAAGCGGAAACAUGCGCGGGGGUGGGCCGAAACCGUGCAGCAUCUGAUUCUGUAUAUAAUUCAUUCGUCCUGCCUCCAGUAAGUAGUUUAUCCCUUUAAUCAUCUUACGACGCAGAAAUAU